CAGCAAAUCACCAAGUAGUUAACAAAAUAAAGUACAAAGUAAAAUCCCUCUGAUCUGGUGAAAUGUCGACGUUGGAAGAUAAAGCUAUUUGGGAGGAUGGAGAAGAAUCCUUAGGUGAAGAAGUUUUGCGAAUGUCCACUGACGAAAUCGUAAGCCGAACUCGCCUGCUAGACAAUGAAAUAAAAAUAAUGAAAAGUGAAGUCAUGAGAAUCAACCAUGAAUUACAAGCCCAAAACGAAAAGAUCAAGGAGAACACUGAAAAGAUCAAAGUCAAUAAAACCCUUCCCUACUUGGUGUCUAAUGUUAUAGAACUCUUAGAUGUAGACCCACAAGAGGAAGAGGAAGAUGGUGCUGUUGUAGAUCUGGACUCUCAGAGAAAGGGCAAAUGUGCUGUUGUGAAAACUUCCACCCGACAAACUUACUUCCUACCGGUUAUUGGGUUGGUUGACGAAGAAAAACUCAAACCUGGUGAUUUGGUUGGAGUGAACAAAGAUUCCUACCUUAUAUUAGAAACACUCCCUGCUGAAUAUGAUGCUAGAGUUAAAGCCAUGGAAGUAGAUGAGCGUCCAACAGAACAGUAUUCUGAUAUAGGUGGUCUUGACAAACAAAUUCAAGAGCUUAUAGAAGCUGUAGUUCUACCAAUGACCCACAAAGAUAAGUUUGUAAAUCUUGGAAUUCACCCACCCAAAGGUGUUUUACUGUACGGUCCGCCCGGCACGGGCAAAACCCUCCUAGCUCGAGCCUGCGCCGCCCAAACGAAGUCGACCUUCCUGAAGCUGGCCGGCCCCCAACUCGUCCAGAUGUUCAUCGGAGACGGCGCCAAACUCGUACGGGACGCUUUCGCGCUGGCCAAAGAGAAGGCGCCCGCCAUCAUCUUCAUCGACGAACUGGACGCAAUCGGUACGAAGCGGUUCGAUUCUGAGAAGGCAGGCGAUCGCGAGGUGCAACGCACCAUGCUGGAGCUGCUCAAUCAGCUGGACGGGUUCAGUUCGACGGCGGACAUCAAGGUUAUAGCGGCAACGAAUCGAGUGGAUAUUUUGGAUCCCGCUCUGCUCCGUUCAGGAAGGUUGGACCGCAAAAUCGAAUUCCCCCACCCGAACGAGGAGGCCCGCGCCAGGAUCAUGCAGAUCCACUCGCGGAAGAUGACAGUCAAUCCGGACGUCAACUUCGAAGAGCUCGCCAGGUCCACAGACGACUUCAACGGGGCCCAGUGCAAGGCGGUGUGCGUGGAGGCCGGAAUGAUCGCUCUGCGGCGCAACGCGACCGCUGUCACGCACGAGGACUACAUGGACGCCAUCAUGGAGGUGCAGGCCAAGAAGAAGGCCAACUUGAACUAUUAUGCUUAGUUGUUUUAGAGGAAUUGAUUUAUUGUAAUAUUAAAAUGGGUUUGAUCCAACAA